AUGACUUGUGUCCAUGCAUCCUCUCUUUCUAUUAUGUGGAAUGGGAAUAGAUUGGAUAGUUUUGUUCUUAGAAGGGGACUUAGACAGGGCGAUCCAAUGUCUCAUUACUUAUUUGUGUUUUGUAUGGAAAGACUUGCCUGCUAUAUAUCUCAUAAGGUGGUUGAGGGUGUGUGGAAACCAGUUUCUGUCACUAGGGGUGGUCCAAAAUUUUCUCAUUUGAUAUUUGCAGCUGAUCUCUUACUCUUCUGCCAGGCUACAAAAAGUCAGGUCCAAAUGGUCAUGCAUUCUCUUAACAUUUUUUGCAAGGCAUCUGGCAUGAAAGUGAAUCUUAAAAAGUCUAAAGCUUUUUGUUCUAAAAAUGUGACUGCUCGUAGAAGAGAUAUUUUUACUAGUGUUUCUUCAAUACGCUUUGCUUUGGACUUAGGAAGAUAUCUUGGAGUUAACCUUAAUCAUUCCCGUACCAGUAGGGCUUCUUUUCAUUCGGUGAUUGAAAAGGUGAGGGGAAGAUUAGCUAAUUGGAAAGGAAGGCUUCUAAAUAAAGCAGGGAGACUUUGCCUGAUCAAUUCUGUUGCAGCAUCCAUUCCUGUCUAUCAUAUGCAGGUAUCUUUUUUUCCAAAUUGGGUUUGUGAUAAAUUAUCUUCUAUGAUGAGACAGUUCCUUUGGAAGGGUCAAGUUGAUGGUAGAGGUCUUUCUCUUGUUAAUUGGAGGACCGUGAUCACUCCAAAAAAAUUUGGUGGCCUAGGUGUUAGAGACCCUGCAUGUGUUAAUAUAUCUUUACUUGGUAAAUUGGUGUGGCAACUUUUUCAUUGUCAGGACAAGCCUUGGGUUGCUCUAUUGAGGGCGAAGUAUCUGAGGAAUGAGGGAGUUUUAGAUGGCCCUGUCCCUUGCAAUGCUUCUCAUGUUUGGAAGAGUAUCUCAAAGGCUUUUGGUGCUCUUAAGGAUGCCUUCUCUUGGUGCGUUGGGUCACUUGAUCAAUCUUUUUGGUUUGACAAUUGGAGUAUUGAGGGCCCAAUUGCUCAAGAUGUCCCUUUUGUACAUAUAUCUGACUCUGAUUUAACUAUUAGAGACGUUUGGAAAGAUGGUCAAUGGAAUCUCCAUGAUAUUUUCUCUAUCAUUCCAGAAGAUGUCAAACAGCGUUUGAAUGCUUAUAAUCCGGAUUUGAAUGCUGGAGAGAGUUCGGAGUUUCAUUUGGGUCGUGGUUUAGCUUUAUCUAGCACCUGUCAUCGGUGUCAGAAUGGUUCUGAAUUCAUUCUUCAUUGUCUUCGGGAGUGCCCUAGUACCAAGGAGGUCUGGACCAUUUUAGGCCUGUAUUCAGAUAACUCGAAUUUACAUGAUUGGCUCUACAGAGGUGCAAGGAGUGGAGAUGCUUUUCUUUUCUUUUCGACCAUCUGGUGGAUUUGGAGAAGCAGGAAUCAUGACUUAUUUAAUAUAGAUGAUUCAUGGAGUGCUAGUAAAGUGGUGAGUUUGAUUCGUACUUCAGUAAGGGAGUUUCACACUAUUUUUGCUAUGCAUCAAUCUCUGUCUUCUCCUUCACUUUGUUUGCAUUGGGUUCCACCUCCAGUUCAUUCUGUUAAAUUGAAUUGUGAUGCUAGUUGGUUUGCUCCUUCUGGCUAUGCUGGUUUUGGUUGUAUUAUUCGCAAUCCUGAUGGAUGUUGGUUGAAAGGUUGCACUGGAAAAGUCGACGUGUGCAGUGUUCUUUUUGCUGAAUUGUAUGCAAUUUGGAGAGGUUUACUUCUUGCUUGGGAGAGUGGAUUUCGUGAGGUUAUUUGUGAAACAGACUGUUUAGAAGCUCUUUUCUUGGUAAACCAAAGAAUGCUUAGUAAGGAUAUUCCGGAAUGGGAUUUGGCAAAGCAUAUUCAGGAGGUUAUGAAUUGGAAUUGGAGAGUCUCUAUUCUUUUAAUUCAGAGGACUGCAAAUAGUGUUGCAGAUUGUAUGGCUAAAGCAGCUGCUUCUGUCGCGGACAUUCACUUGAAUUGGAGCCAACCAUGGAGUGAGCUUCAACAUCUAAUAGAUUUAGAUAUGACCUAG